CUGCACAUAUGGCCUGCUCACGGACAAGCCCUGUCUUUGGAUCCCGCAAGCGCAGCAGCGCUGCUCUAUCUGCAGCUCGCCAUUCCUGGUCGGUUUUCUGUUGCGCACUGUGCAAACCCGGACGUGUCCCCCAGCGGACAACUGCCGUACUUGACGCACGGCUUGCGUAAUGCGUCUACGUUCCCGUCUAUUGUCAAGUAUGUCGCCCACCUUGAGGGUGCUCACGACACCAACGGGUCACUUACUCCUGUCGAAAAGGCGCGACUGUGCGCGCGGAUAGCUCAUGUGCAAUCAGACUAUGGGGACCUUGUGGCGCAUAUGCUCUAUUCGCUCCAUUCGAACUGGUGGAAAACGACUCGACCUGUCCUGGUCGCUGCCCUCCCUAUUCCUCACAGAUAUUACGUAGCGGACCGUGUACGGGAGUCCUACAAACCACGCUUGGAGGCCUCUGAAUUGUGGGGCAUUCCGGGACUGGAAGACGAGGAACAGGAUGGGAUCUCCUCCGUGUUCCGGAAGGAAAAGAAGAGGAAAUCGCAGUUGAAAUCUAUAAAGUUUAAGAAUGCCUUCAGACGUUGUCAGGUGCUCGCCAAGGCCCGUGCAUUGCUCUCCAUUUACUCAAAAUUGCUGGGCGAUAAUCGCUACUUUCACCUUCACAGUGACAGGCCGACCACACUUGACAUCGUCUUUGCUGCUCACACUCACGUCCUGAUGUCAAUUCCUUUCGCUGACCCACUGCUGCAAACCCUACUCUCCGACUCGUAUCCCACCCUCGUCGCGCAUGCAAAUGCAGUGCAGUCAUUCGUAUUUCCGGACCCAGUCUCGUUACCGCCGACAGCGGACUCGCAUUUGUCGUGCUCUCUACACACUUUGCUUCCGCGACAGCUG